GUUGCAUGUUCUCUGCUUAGGUUGGUCUCUGGUCUGGUUAGAUACUCAAGUAGAAAGCAAGUCCUGAGAGCUUGUUUUGAGCCCCUCGCUAAAGUUUCCGCCGCAGCUUUAUCACUUGAUAUGUAUGUAUGCGCACUCCACAAUUGUGUCUUGAACUAACUUAAGGUAGCUGUCGUGGUGCACCAUCCAAUCCAAUCCUCCUCUCCUUUCUUUUCAUUUUCUGGGCACAACCAACAGCAAGCAGGAUCAAUCUUGUUGCUGUUCGGUUAUGCCUUCGAGCUUCGGUUAUGCCCUGCUUUACCUUCUUGCAGACCCUUAGCCGACGUCAUUCGGCUCCUUCCUGCUCUAAUCCCUGUCUUUUCGAAACCCAGCAUUUCCACCGCUGACGCCAACUUAUAGCUGGCACGGCGAUGUGCGGUUUGAAGAGCUACCUACUCUGGCGACUGUAUUGUGUUGGGAAGCAUGGAACCUUCUGUGAAUUUAUACUGUGAUUGUGGCCUCAAACCACAAUGCCAUUUUGAAUAUGGGUCACCAGCACGAUUGGCCGCGUAUCUGGAGUCCGGCUUCCAGUGUUAUACUUGAAGGCUAACGUUAACCUGUCAAUUGUGGCUGGUCAUGUCCAAUGAAGCGGCAUGAGUCUCCAACGCAACGUGUGGGAAUCUGCAAAUCAUGCAAUCAUCCUGCUCCCCCACUUCAAGGCUCGUAACUGGCCAGAGCCUGCCAUAAGGUGAUAUAAAGGGCUCGUGCUCCCAGGUCAGGCCGUGCAGUCCAUCCAUUCACUCGACAUCCCUUUUCCCAAAAACCUGUAACAUCCAGUAUUGGCUCCCAGCUUCCCAAGGUAUCGCUUCGGAAACAAAUAAACCAAAACACAAAUUCAACAACAUCAUCAUGGCAACUGCCGAUACCGUGACUUUGGGCCUGCCUCAUCCUCCCAAGGCGGACUCUAUCAAAGCGUUCCAAGAGAUUGAGAUCGACCUAAAGAAGACUCUCCAACACCUCCGUCAUGAGACUGAUAGUAAGUUCCUAACCUCUUGUAAUCACAACCUAGAUUUAUGUUCCCUAGAGCACGAGCCUGAGUACUUCACGGCUGUCAAAGACCUGUCAAAUGAACAACUCACAAACUUUUCUUCCGAUGACCUGAAGGAAGUCAGGGUUGCGCAAUCAGCCUACGGCUUGCACUUGCUCGGAAAGGUUCUAUUGCCAGACAGUGGUCGCUCGCACGCCUCUCCAGAGAAGGGACUUGACUGUUACUUCAUGUUUAGAGCAUUCAUUCCAGGCGAAGCAGAGACUGCAAAGCUUCAUUGUAUCCACAUGGAGGAAAUCGACAAGUCAGAUGGAGAUAAAGUUUUCCGGGCCAUCUUCUUUCAAAACGAUCCUCUCGAGUGGUUUGAUACGUGA